AUGGAUCCGAGUCAGAAUCACCAGCUUCAGCAGCCGCUCUCACUGCAGUCUACGGCCUCUUCACCAUCGGCCGAUGCCUCACCCCAAGAUGUGCUUGCUGAGGCUCGCAAGAACCUCCAGGUUCUGAUUGAUUCUGGCUUCUCCAAGGACAUGCUCCAUCAAUGGGUUGACGAUAGCCUGUCGCUACAGCAUUCUAAUUUGCCAACUUCAACACUCGCUUCAACAUUGUCUCUACCUACGACGUCGCCGCUCGCUCCUCAACACGACCCGCCUCCCCCCCCUCCUCAAUGUCCUCCUCCGCCUCCGCCGUCUGCCGUGCCUUGUACUCGAACUUCAGCGCCUGCCAUGAUGCCCACCUCGGCGCCGCCUACGAUUCCGUCGCCUGGUGACAUCAAGGCAGAAUCCAUGGCCGAUGAAAUGUCGAGAAAUUGGCCGCCUGCGCCAACACUUGGUUCGAAUUCCAAUCCCAUGAUGCCGACCAUGGACCGACAUACGGGCUCCCACAUGGGCAAUCUCGAGAACCAGAUGUUUUUUGCCGCGCCGUCUCCCGCGUUUUCCCAUCGACCCAGGAUAUCCAUUUCUUCGGUCAGUUCUGGCUCGUCUGGGCAUGCCUCUAUUUGGUCCACAAACUCGGCUCAAUCAUCACUGUCAUGGCAGUCUGGUGCCUCGGCACGAUCAGGUUGUCCAAUGCCCAUGCCUCCACAGCAUGUCAACAUGGGAAUGAUGCACACAAGCCCUGUUUCGCCCUUAAAUGCUGGAGGUGCCAGCAGCGCCGGUAGUAAUGCCAACAAGCAAAACAUAUAUUGGUGCACGUCCUGCGAGACCAGCUUUAAACGGAAGUAUGAUUGGAAACGACAUGAAGACGAAUUCCACGAACGUUGGAGGAAGUAUCCUUGCCCGGAACCUGGCUGUAACAGGAGUUUCUGGGGAUCCAACUCAUUCAACCAACACCACAAGCAGUGCCAUGGCUGCAAGACUUGCCCCCAUGCAGAGAAGGUUGUCAAAUUCCUUCGCAAGCGAAAGUACUGGGCGUGUGGCUUUUGUUCCGCAUUGCACCCUGCCCGUGAGCGCCACGUCGAACAUGUCGCCCGGCAUUUCGAAUCUGGACUAUCCAAAGGCGAUUGGAUGCACUCUCGCGUUGUCUAUGGCCUUUUGCACCAACCUCUUGUCCGGGAGGCAUGGGAUAGGCUUGUCGAGGACAAACGGUCUAACUAUGGCGGCAAGCGGCCGCAGUUUAGUUGGCAUCCAAGCAAGACUGGACGCGCCCAAGGCUUCUUAGAAAAGGAGAGCCCAGGACAGCUCCAGGAUCUGCUUGAGUUCUUCUCUGGAGAUGAAACUGAGGCUAACUGGGUCGUCGGCGUCGCGUAUGAGUUGGCGGAUAUUGUGAUGGGAGCUCCUCCUACUGCGACUCCUCCACCACAAUUUGCCAAUGGACCUGGGUCAAUGGGACCUCCUCAACACCCUCCCCCGUUUGCUCCUCUUCCUUCACAGGCUCAUCAACAAGCCCCAUUGCUGCCACCGACAAGUCCGGAUAAUCAGGGUGCGUUCGGUGGCCAUUUUCAACAAGGCAACGUGUUUCUCCCGUCACAGCCCUUUGGGUCGCCGAACGGACCGUCCCCAGAUUCCUCGAACCAGUCUCCAAUGACAGCAUCGCAAUCCCCCAUGGGGAGCUCACCCAUGGACGGAGGGCAUGGGCAUGGGCAUGGGCGUGAUAUGCGACAGUCCACGUCAAACCCUGGCCAGUCCGUUGGUGAUGGUAUGAUGGAUUACGAAUACUCGUCCGCCCCUGGUUCAUUCAACAACUGGCCAGCAAAUUUUGCCGGUCCCCUAUCGAGCAGCCCAGCAUCGCAGCACCAGUCUGGUCCUAGUCAUCCUGACUGGAAUGUCUUGCAAUACUUUAGUACUGAUUCCCAGACUGCGUCAGCAGGAAACAACGGCAACUGCUGA